UGGUCUCCUACUCUCCUAGUCCUAGGUGAGAGUGAGUCCGCCGCUUAUCCGCACGUCCACCUCUCGUCUUCCUCCCCCCUUCCACUCCCCAGAAGCAGAGCAACAGAGCCAGCGGGCCAGCCAAGGGGAUGGGUGCCACCGCCUCAUCAUCAUCUUCUUCUUCUUCCCUGAGCUGAGCUGAGCUGAGCUGAGCUGAGACCCCCUUUGCUCGCUCGCUCGGCAGCCAACUCUUGCUUGCCGGCCGGCCGGCCGGAGUCGAUUCAUCUUGCUGCCAUGGCUAUGGGGGCUGUGCUCUCUUCCAACAGAGCGUUCGCCUCUCCCCUCUCCUCAGCAGGAGGAAAACAGCAGCAUACAUCGCCACACUGCAGGUGGCCGGUGUGCUCCCUGGUCCCUGGAGAUAGAAAUGGCAGGCAAACGCCAGCAUCCGUUCAGCAGCCUCUGACGAGGUUCUGCCCCAAGCGUAGAUUACUCUCCUCAAGGGUCGAGUGCUUCCUGUACUCUUCAGACCCGGCGGUGACGAGCGGCUGGCACAAGCCCAAGAGGCGGGAGAACCUCACCGCCGGCUUAGACACUGCCUCCAGCUGCGUGGUACCAACCAGGAACUGCAAGGCCAAGUUCGAGAUGACCGGGUCACAGUCUGACGUCCCCGUCGAGGCCGAGGCGGUCCUGCCCGGACAAGACGCGCCCUGGUUCCCCAAGCGAUGGACGAUCGUCGUCCUCUGCUUCUUCUCCUUCCUACUCUGCAACAUGGAUCGGGUCAAUAUGAGCAUCGCCAUCCUUCCCAUGUCAGCAGAAUAUGGUUGGAGUCCAGCAACUGUUGGCCUCAUCCAGUCGUCUUUCUUUUGGGGCUACCUUCUCACUCAGAUCCUUGGAGGCAUCUGGGCUGACAGGUUUGGCGGCAAGGUGGUACUGGGAUUCGGGGUCGUCUGGUGGUCAAUCGCAACUAUGCUUACGCCCGUCGCUGCCAAGCUCGGCCUUCCAUUCCUACUCAUCGUGCGCGCUUUCAUGGGGAUCGGCGAGGGAGUUGCCAUGCCGGCAAUGAACAACAUUCUUUCCAAAUGGAUCCCGGUUUCAGAGAGGAGCAGAUCUCUUUCGUUGGUAUACAGUGGCAUGUACCUUGGUUCCGUUACCGGCCUGGCCUUUUCGCCUUUCUUGAUAAGCAAAUUCGGCUGGCCUUCUGUGUUCUAUGCAUUUGGGUCCCUGGGAAGCAUCUGGUUUGCACUGUGGCAGCGCAAGGCACGCAGCUCUCCGAGUGAAGAUCCGGAUAUAAGUGAAGAUGAAAAGAGACACAUCCUAGGUGGUAAUGCCACAAAGGAGCCUGUUAGCUCCAUACCAUGGAGGUUAAUCCUAUCCAAGCCUCCAGUAUGGGCUCUCAUAAUAUCCCAUUUCUGCCAUAACUGGGGAACAUUUAUUCUCCUAACAUGGAUGCCCACGUACUACAAUCAGGUUCUCAAGUUCAAUCUUACCGAGUCUGGGCUUCUGUGUGUCUUGCCAUGGCUGACCAUGGCCGUGUUUGCAAAUAUUGGUGGCUGGAUAGCCGACACUCUUGUUGCCAAGGGGGUUUCCAUAACAAACGUCCGUAAGAUCAUGCAAUCUAUCGGUUUUCUUGGACCAGCCUUCUUCUUGACACUGCUGAGCAAAGUCCGAACCCCAGCCAUGGCGGUACUGUGUAUGGCCUGCAGUCAGGGGAGUGAUGCAUUUUCUCAGUCUGGGCUCUACUCGAAUCACCAGGAUAUAGGACCACGUUAUGCGGGGGUACUUCUCGGGCUGUCCAACACUGCCGGUGUGCUUGCAGGAGUUUUUGGUACUGCUGCCACUGGCUACAUUCUCCAGAAAGGUUCUUGGGAUAAUGUGUUUCAGGUGUCUGUUAUACUGUACAUAGUAGGGACAGUGGUGUGGAACGUCUUUUCCACCGGAGAGAGAAUUCUCGAAUAAGCUGUCGGCGCAAAAUAGCUGAUUUUGCUGAUGUAUUUUUGGCGUGCAAGAAGUACAGCUUUCUUUUGGAGUGUGAGAUGCUUGGCAACGAACACUCUAUUUUUAUCAAGACAUAGCUGCAUUUGAUCUUUGGGGUAUGGAAGGAAUGAAGAGCAAACCCGGGGAAAGUCAGGUUGGGUAUUGAGGAUAGUGACUUGGAACCAAAGAAUUAUGUGAUGUUGGAAAGCAGCUGCACCAAACCCUAGCUUAGCACCUCAUUCUAAACAAGUCCAGGCUACUUAUUGUUUCAUCUUUUGCACCAACCACCAGAAAAUUCUGCAUGGUUAUUUGUUUUUCCAGAAUCAAUGAAUUAACCAUGUCUUUCAGCUUGCUUUCA